CAGCUAGCCUACAUAAAUUGCAUCAACGCCGAGCGCUGCAGGAGGAGAGUACAAGCCCAGCAGAAGCUGAGGGGGAAGUCAGUCACAUCGCUGAAUUAAACGGAGGAAGCAUCACUUGAACACAGGAAGUCGUUUGACAUCAUGGAGCAGAAACAAACCAUCAACUUUGGCGCUGGACCUGCAAAACUCCCCCAAUCCGUGCUGCUUGAAGCACAGAAGGAGCUCCUCAACUACAGCGGCGUUGGUAUUAGUGUUCUCGAGAUGAGCCACCGAUCAUCAGACUUCAACAAAAUCCUCAACAAAACAGAGAGUCUCCUGCGAGAGUUGUUAAACAUCCCAGACAACUACAAGGUGAUGUUUCUACAGGGCGGCGGGUCUGGACAGUUCAGCGCUGUUCCUCUUAACCUGAUUGGCCUUAAAGAGGACAAGUGUGCCGAUUACCUGGUGACCGGCACAUGGUCAGCAAAAGCAGCAAAAGAAGCUGAGAAAUACGGCAAAGUCAACAUUGUCCACCCGAAGCUGGAUAGUUACACGAAAAUUCCCGACCCCAGGAGCUGGACCCUGAACCCCUCGGCCUCCUACGUGUACUACUGCUGCAACGAGACGGUCCACGGUGUGGAAUACAACUUCACGCCUGAAACAAACGGGGUGGUCCUUGUCAGCGACAUGUCCUCCAACUUUCUGUCCCGACCUGUGGAUGUGUCCAAGUUUGGGCUGAUUUUCGCCGGGGCUCAGAAGAAUGUGGGCUGUGCCGGGGUAACUGUGGUCAUCGUGCGAGAGGACUUGUUAGGCCACGCUCUGAAAGAGUGUCCCAUUGUCCUGGACUACAAGGUGCAGGCUGAAAUGAACUCCCUCUACAACACACCGCCGUGUUUCAGUAUCUACAUCAUGGGUCUGGUUCUAGAGUGGAUUAAGAACAAUGGCGGCAGCGGUGCCAUGGAGAAGCUCAGCAAGCAGAAGUCCUCCAUGAUUUAUGACCUCAUCAACGCCUCUAAUGGUUUCUAUGUGUGUCCUGUAGACGAGGCUUGUCGAAGCCGCAUGAAUGUACCGUUUCGUGUGGGAAAGAAAGAGGGAGAUGACGCCUUGGAAAAGAAGUUUCUGGACGGCGCAUUCAAACGUGGCAUGAUAUCGCUGAAAGGACACAGGUCAGUUGGAGGAAUUCGUGCAUCUUUGUACAAUGCUGUAACAGUGGAGGACACUGAAGCCCUGACUGCCUAUAUGAAAGAAUUCCUGAAAGAGCACCAAUAAAACAGGCCACACUAAAAGUCAGCUGAUGUCACACAGUGGCAUUUAAUUACUCCAGUACAGUUACAAAAAAACCCCUCGUGUUUACCUCUAGUUGAGAUCCAUGUUGGAUCUGUAAGGUGCACCUUUAGACACUUGUCUCAUUGUUGCUAAUAAGCUUUAACCACUACUGUUGCCAGAAAUGUCUUAAUUACAUCUGUGUUUCAUACAGUUACUCUUUUGAAUGCAUUUAUUGACUAACAGUGCUUUGAUAUACAUACUGUACGUAAUUCCUAUUACUCGUUCAAAAUAUAUUUACAUUUCAGUAAAUCUAACUUGGCAAUA